GUUAAUACAGAACCACACUUCCUUUGCGCAUCACAUCCGCCAAUUUGGUACAUUUGGUUUGGUAAAAUAUUUUACAAAGCUUACUAGUUUUCCUAGCUACUUGCCACAGAACAGGAACUCGGUCACAGUCUUUUAGUCGAAAUCCUUUAAAUUCACCGAUCUUUCGUUCCAACUUUUCAAAACAUUUAAAAAGAACAAAUUCUGGAGAAAGUCGCGAGAAAUCUUUAAUUCGGAAAUAUAGGAAUGUCUGGAACUUGUUGUUGCGGAUCCUGCACGGUGGGACAGGGAACACUAAUCAUUGGAAUUCUAGAUAUUGUAAGGUUAUUGUAAACAAGAAAAUGUAUUUAUUUAUUCCUCUAAUGAUUCACUUUUACUAGUUUUCUUCCAGCAUGAGUAAUUUUCGGUUUGAGGCUGACUUGCUAAAUACACUUUAAAUAAUUUGUUUCAAGUAGUUUACAACUUUCUGUAAUAAAGUUAAAUAUUUAAUUCGAGAAAAAUGUCGUCGGAAACUUGUUUCUGUGGAUGCACGCUUGGACGGGGUGCUCUUGCCAUUGGAACUAUUAACGCUGUUAGGAAAUUAUAUAUAUAUGUUUGUAUGAUUAUUAAAUUAUGUGAAACAAUUACCCUAUUAAAAAUCUGAUAUAAUGAGACAAGUAUUGAUUGAUUUCGGUAUUAAAUUUUCUACCACUUAUAUUGAUAUUACAAUUAUACCAGCCUGUAAAAAUUUGCUACCAACAUGGUAAAACUUUAAUACUUAGCUAUGUAUUAUUGCACAGCAUUACUUAUUAAUUCCACAUUAGUGGCUACCUUUGUUUUUGAAACACUUUCUGAAAGUAAAUUUAAGGUAUGAAUUUAUCUAUGACAACCACCUCUUAAUUUUCCGCGUAACACUUAUUCAAUUAGAAAAACAGUUGUAGAUACAUAUACUUUAAAUACAUAAUUUAUGGACUGCAAUUCGUGUCAAAAAGACUUAAGCCCAAACCCAUAAAUGGAUCUUACCAAGGGCCAAAAAUUAGAAAACUUAGAUUGACUAAUUCCCUCAAAAUAUUUGCAAAAUAAAUUCUGCUACCUUAAACCUAUCUACAUAUCUACAUAAAUAAUACAAAAUUACACAUGUGUACCAACAAUUACCAGUGAUAUUUCGAUAAUAAUUUAGGCCUGUUAAUAUGUAUAUUACAAUUCCACAACCACACUUCCUUUGCGCAUCACAUCCGCCAAUUUGGUACAUUUGGUUUGGUAAAAUAUUUUACAAAGCUUACUAGUUUUCCUAGCUACUUGCCACAGAACAGGAACUCGGUCACAGUCUUUUAGUCGAAAUCCUUUAAAUUCACCGAUCUUUCGUUCCAACUUUUCAAAACAUUUAAAAAGAACAAAUUCUGGAGAAAGUCGCGAGAAAUCUUUAAUUCGGAAAUAUAGGAAUGUCUGGAACUUGUUGUUGCGGAUCCUGCACGGUGGGACAGGGAACACUAAUCAUUGGAAUUCUAGAUAUUAUCGGAGGAAUCUACUCAGUCGUCACUGAUUCCAUGGAGAUUCAUACCAUGAUCAACUAUCCAGACAAAAUUGAGGAUCCUGACUUUAAGGAAUAUCCGACUCUCUAUGUCACGUUGGAUAGCAUCAGCAUCUUCAUGAUGGUCGUGUUCUUCAUCCUGGCAUGCCUCAUGAUUUACGGGUAUCGUAAGCGCAAUCACCGCUGGAUUACGCCCUGGUUGAUCUGGAGCUAUGUGACCCUUGCCUACGGUGCUGUUAUGGUUGUGGUGUGUUUUUGCAUUAUCGCCGUCGCUGGAAGGGUCGCCGAGGGAUUUCUUUUCCUCAUUUUAGCCGGGUUUUUCCUCGGAUUACAGGUCUACUUUAUCUUCGUGGUGAAAAGAUUCGUUGAUGAGUUGAAGGGAGGCGUGGUUAAUUAGAGUUUGUCAAAAUUUUGGAGAAAAUGUGUCAAGGGUAAAGAUAUGAUAAUAAUUUUGAAUUUCGGUUAAUGUGUGUGUUGAAAUAAUUAUAAUUAACUAUGUAUUUACAUAAAUGAAAAAA